AUGACUGCUAGUGAGCGACACGCCGCCGACAAGGCGUCAGACGACGUGUUCAAACAGUUUGACCUGCAUCAUGCCCCGUUCCUGACCAAGCGCGGCAAGACGAUCCACCACGUUGUCCUUCGUGUAUUUGUCAUUGCAGACGGAUUUAUCUUUUACUUUAAGAACUCGUCCGCCACGCAGCCUAACGGCCUCUUGCCCCUCGACGGGUCCGAGUUCAAAGUGCACAAGUACCAAGUGAGCUCCCACUUGAGCAAUAUUUGCUUGGAAGUCCACACCCCGUUGCGUUCGUGGGGCAGCGUCGUGCUGCAUUACCAUGGUUGCUCCGGCGCGCAAGCGCAGGACGUUGUCCACCAGCUCGAGGCGGCUGGUUCCAAGCGAAUCUUUGGCGAGUUCUCGGGGCUGUCGGUAUGUCCAGCCGCAGACAGUGAUCUCAAAACGCAUGGGCACCACGACAAGAAACUCGAGGACAUCUGUCCGUCCACGGACUCGGCGGCACCGCAUGACCCAGCGUCGAUGUUGGCAUCAUCGUCGUUAUCCAACGCAGAGAUAUCAGUGGCCGAUGGCGUCCUUUCGUACAUUUACCAUUGGGACAAGCGAGGUCACCAAGUUCCACUGCUCGAUUUAACGUGGUCCGAGUUGCACGAGAGCUACGCCGACAUGUGCAAGGCGCUAGGCAUUCCCCUGGACGAGGCCGACGACAAGCGUGUAGAUCUGUCCAACGAGCUCUGCCACGAUCUGUGCACGAACGGGACUCUAACUCGGCCAUGGGGCACCAUUUCGUUGGAGGCGUCCUCGUCGCCGCACCACCAGCAUCCCCACCGCCGUCUCAGCUCGUCGCAGUCGUCCGUGUCGUCCGUGUCCGAGAGUGACACGGUGGGUGACGCGACAGUUGAUUUGUCGCCCGCUCCCGUGGUCCCAUUUGAUGCCGGUGGUCGGUCGGCCUCGCCACCCACGAAAGCGUCGUCCCCGACGGCUCGUGAUCCAGGCGACGGAUCGCAUCCCCACCGCCGCCGCAUUAGUCGGCGGUCGUCGUUGCACAAGAAGCAUCUAUUGUCGGGAGACGUGUCGAUGGUGAUCAGCUCUGGCAUUGUCGUGCCGCCGAAAGCCAUUCCAGACGUGAAACUGAUCCAAGCGAUUUCGCUCGCCGAGAGCUACAGCGGUGGGUUCUCGCUGCGGCAGUACACGCCGUUGAAGAUCAUCGGGAAGGGUGGGUUUGGUCAGGUCAUGGUGGCGCGCCACAACUCGACCCACCAAAUCGUUGCGAUCAAAACCAUGAGCAAGUAUACGUUGACAACGCAAAACCAGGUCGCCCAUACCAAGGCCGAGCGCAACGUCCUCAUCAUGUGCUACAACCACCCGUUCAUCGUCAAGCUCCACGCGGCGUUCCAAACUAUCGACCACCUGCACAUGGUGCUCGAGUUUUGCCCCGGCGGCGAACUGUUCUUCCACUUGUCGAGGGCCGGUCGGUUCAGCGAAGCGCACACGGCAUUUUACUGUGCCGAGAUAUUCUUGGCGCUGGACCACUUGCAUGCACACGAGGUCAUCUACCGCGACCUCAAGCCCGAAAAUGUCCUCCUCGAUCGGGACGGCCACAUUCGUUUGGCGGAUUUCGGCUUGUCCAAGGAGAAUGUGACCGAGCGCAAGCUUGCCGCGACGUUCUGCGGGUCCGCCGAGUACAUUUCACCAGAGGUCCUGCUGCUGGCGGACGCCGACUUGGACGGGAUGACGCCAGUUCCAGGGGGGUACGACAAGGGCGUCGACUUGUGGGCGCUGGGGUGCCUUGUGUUUGAGCUGCUCACGGGGCUCCCUCCGUUCUACUCGGGCAAGUGCCGGUCGGAGCUGUACGCAAAGAUCAAGGACGGAUACGUCGCGUUUCCACCGUACGUGUCGGCCGACGCAAAGGACUUGGUGGUGCGACUCCUGCAACCGAAACCACACGAUCGACUGGGGUACAAAGACCCUCGUGAAUUGAAAGCCCACCCGUUCUUUCAAACCCACGUCCCCGACUGGGACAGGUUGAUGGCGAAGGAUGUCGUCCCGCCCAUGCAGCCGUCGGCGGGCGAGUACAUGAACUUUGACGACGCGUUCACGUCGAUGCCACUCGACAAGGAAGCGCUCGAGGUCAUGGCCGAGUUUAGCAAGCGCAAUACGAUGGAGCACCAGUUGUUUGACAAUUACAACUGGGCGCCGCCGGACGAUGCCGGACGCGGUGCAGGGUCGGCGACCGUCGUCCCAAAUGCAAGUUAG